AUGGGUUCCAGAUCUAAGAUCGACAAUCCCCACUCUGGUGAUGGAGCCAGCCCCGGGAAAAUUUUUAUUGGAGGAUUGGCCAAAGACACCACAUAUGCCACAUUUAACAAGCACUUUGGUAAAUAUGGGGAGAUAACUGAUUCAGUUAUUAUGAAGGAUCGGUACACAGGUCAACCUAGGGGUUUUGGGUUUAUAACCUAUGCUGAUCCUUUUGUUGUUGACAAGGUUAUUGAAGACACUCAUAUAAUCAAUGGAAAACAGGUUGAGAUUAAAAGGACUAUUCCUAAAGGUUCUGGGCAGUCGAAGGAUUUUAAAACAAAGAAGAUAUUUGUUGGCGGGAUUCCAUCAGCUGUGACUGAAGAUGAGUUCCAGAAUUUUUUUUCCAAAUAUGGGAAAGUAAUGGAACACCAGAUUAUACGUGAUCAUGAAACCAAUCGUUCCCGUGGAUUUGGAUUUAUAAUUUUUGAUAGUGAAGAAGUUGUUGAUGAAAUGUUAUCCAAUGGAAAUAUGAUUGAUAUGGCUGGUGCCCAGGUGGAGAUCAAGAAAGCUGAACCAAAGAAAGCCUCAAACCCACCUUCUGCUCCUGCAUAUGGUAGCAACCCUAGGGGUCGUUCUUUUAAUAAUGAUAAUUAUGGUGGAUUUGGUGGUAUGUAUGAGGGGUUUGGGCCUGGCCCUUAUAGGACACCUGGUCUGUCUAGUAGACUCAGUAGUGCAUAUGGUUAUGGUAGUGGUGCUGGGGACUUUGGUGGUGGUUAUGGAAAUUUUGGAGGGAAUAGCUUAGGAGCUUACAGGGGUGAAGCAGCCUCCCUUGGUUAUUCGGGUCGCUAUGGGCCUUAUGGAGGUGGAUUUGGUGGGGGUUAUGGUGCUAGUGGCUUAGGAGGUUAUGGUCGAGCAAGUGAGGGAUAUGGAAGUUAUGCAGCUGCUGGUUAUGCCAGUGGUUAUGAAUCUAGUCCAGGCACUAGUUAUGGAGGAGCAGGUGGCCUGUAUGGAAGGGGAGGCUAUACUGGCGGUAGUCGUUACCAUCCUUAUGCAAGGUAG